CAAUGAAAGUUGAACCCUGAGUGUAAUUUGUGCCAAGCAGGACUGAUGUGCGCCCAGAAGGAAUGAAGUAUGGAUGUGAAAGAACGUAGGCCUUACUGCUCGCUGACCAAGAGCAGACGAGAGAAAGAACGGCGGUAUACAAAUUCCUCAGCGGACAAUGAAGAGUGUAGGGUACCUACACAGAAGUCUUACAGUUCCAGUGAAACCUUGAAAGCUUUUGAUCAUGAUUCCUCACGGCUGCUUUACGGAAACAGAGUAAAGGAUUUGGUUCACAGAGAGGCAGACGAAUACACCAGACAAGGACAGAAUUUUACCCUAAGGCAGUUAGGAGUUUGUGAACCAGCAACUCGAAGAGGACUGGCAUUUUGUGCGGAAAUGGGGCUCCCCCACAGAGGUUACUCUAUCAGUGCAGGGUCAGAUGCUGAUACUGAAAAUGAAGCAGUGAUGUCCCCAGAGCAUGCCAUGAGACUUUGGGGCAGGGGGGUCAAAUCAGGCCGCAGCUCCUGCCUGUCAAGUCGGUCCAACUCAGCCCUCACCCUGACAGACACGGAGCACGAGAACAAGUCCGACAGUGAGAAUGAGCAACCUGCAAACAACCAAGGCCAGCCCACUCUGCAGCCUUUGCCACCACCCCAUAAACAGCACCCCGCACAACACCAUCCGUCCAUCACUUCUCUCAACAGAAACUCCCUGACCAAUAGAAGGAACCAGAGUCCGGCCCCGCCGGCUGCUUUGCCCGCCGAGCUGCAAACCACACCCGAGUCCGUCCAGCUGCAGGACAGCUGGGUCCUUGGCAGUAAUGUACCACUGGAAAGCAGGCAUUUCCUAUUCAAAACAGGAACAGGGACAACGCCACUGUUCAGCACUGCAACCCCAGGAUACACAAUGGCAUCUGGCUCUGUUUAUUCGCCGCCUACUCGGCCACUACCUAGAAACACCCUAUCAAGAAGUGCUUUUAAAUUCAAGAAGACUUCAAAGUACUGUAGCUGGAAAUGUACUGCCCUCUGCGCAGUAGGGGUCUCCGUGCUCCUGGCAAUACUCCUAUCGUAUUUUAUAGCAAUGCAUCUCUUUGGCCUCAACUGGCAGUUACAGCAGACUGAAAAUGACACAUUUGAGAAUGGAAAAGUGAAUUCUGAUACUAUGCCAACAAACACUGUAUCAUUACCUUCUGGCGACAAUGGAAAAUUUGGUGGAUUUACACAAGAAAAUAACACCAUAGAUUCUGGAGAACUUGAUAUUGGCCGAAGAGCAAUUCAAGAGGUUCCUCCUGGGAUCUUCUGGAGAUCACAGCUUUUUAUUGAUCAGCCACAGUUUCUUAAAUUCAAUAUCUCUCUUCAGAAGGAUGCAUUGAUUGGAGUAUAUGGCCGAAAAGGCUUACCACCUUCCCAUACUCAGUAUGACUUUGUCGAGCUCCUGGAUGGCAGCAGGUUGAUUGCAAGAGAGCCGCGGAACCUGCUGGAGCCCGAGAGAGCAGGGCGGCAGGCGAGGUCCGUCAGUCUGCACGAGGCUGGCUUUAUCCAGUACCUGGAUUCUGGAAUCUGGCAUCUGGCUUUUUACAAUGACGGGAAAAAUGCGGAGCAGGUGUCCUUUAAUACCAUCGUCAUAGAGUCUGUGGUGGAAUGCCCCCGAAAUUGCCAUGGAAAUGGAGAGUGUGUUUCUGGAACUUGCCAUUGUUUUCCGGGAUUUUUAGGUCCGGAUUGUUCCAGAGCAGCCUGUCCCGUGUUGUGUAGCGGCAACGGGCAGUACUCCAAGGGCCGCUGUCUCUGCUUCAGCGGCUGGAAGGGCACGGAGUGCGACGUGCCCACCACGCAGUGCAUUGACCCGCAGUGCGGGGGGCGUGGGAUCUGCAUCAUGGGCUCUUGCGCUUGCAACUCGGGAUACAAAGGAGAAAAUUGUGAAGAAGCCGACUGUCUGGACCCCGGAUGUUCCAAUCACGGUGUUUGUAUCCACGGGGAAUGUCACUGCAGUCCAGGGUGGGGUGGUAGCAAUUGUGAACUAGUGAAGACCAUGUGUCCAGACCAGUGUUCUGGUCAUGGAACGUAUCUUCAGGAGAGCGGGUCCUGCACUUGUGACCCUAACUGGACUGGCCCAGACUGCUCAAAUGAAAUCUGUUCGGUGGACUGCGGCUCGCACGGAGUGUGCAUGGGGGGCACGUGUCGCUGUGAAGAGGGCUGGACCGGCGCCGCCUGCAGUCAGAGGGCCUGCCACCCGCGCUGCGCCGAGCACGGCACUUGCAAGGACGGCAAGUGCGAAUGCAGCCAGGGCUGGAACGGCGAGCACUGCACCAUCGAGGGUUGUCCUGGGCUGUGCAACAGCAAUGGAAGAUGUACACUGGACCAAAACGGCUGGCAUUGUGUUUGCCAACCAGGGUGGAGAGGAGCAGGCUGCGAUGUAGCCAUGGAGACUCUCUGCACAGACAGCAAGGACAAUGAAGGAGAUGGGCUCGUUGACUGUAUGGAUCCUGAUUGCUGUUUACAGAGCUCCUGCCAAAGCCAGGCUUACUGCCGAGGCCUGCCUGAUCCUCAGGACGUCAUCAGCCAAAGCUUACAGUCACCCUCGCAGCAAGCUGCCAAAUCCUUCUAUGAUCGAAUCAGUUUUCUUAUAGGGUCUGAGAGCACUCAUGUCAUACCUGGAGAAAGUCCUUUCAACAAGAGCCUUGCAUCCGUCAUUAGAGGCCAAGUACUAACUGCUGACGGAACUCCACUUAUUGGAGUAAAUGUGUCGUUUUUCCAUUACCCAGAAUAUGGAUAUACUAUUACCCGCCAGGAUGGAAUGUUUGAUUUGGUGGCAAAUGGCGGGGCGUCUCUUACUUUGGUAUUUGAACGCUCCCCAUUCCUCACUCAGUAUCAUACCGUGUGGAUUCCGUGGAAUGUCUUUUAUGUGAUGGAUACCCUCGUCAUGAAGAAGGAAGAGAAUGACAUUCCCAGCUGUGAUCUGAGUGGAUUUGUGAGGCCAAAUCCCAUCAUCGUGUCUUCUCCUUUAUCUACCUUUUUCAGAUCUUCUCCUGAAGACAGCCCCAUUAUUCCCGAAACACAGGUACUCCAUGAAGAAACGACAAUUCCAGGAACAGAUUUGAAACUUUCCUACUUGAGCUCCAGAGCGGCGGGAUAUAAGUCAGUUCUCAAGAUCACCAUGACCCAGUCCGUUAUACCAUUUAAUUUAAUGAAGGUUCACCUUAUGGUGGCUGUGGUAGGAAGACUCUUUCAGAAGUGGUUUCCCGCCUCGCCAAACCUGGCCUAUACUUUUAUAUGGGAUAAAACAGACGCCUAUAAUCAAAAGGUCUAUGGUCUAUCGGAAGCUGUUGUGUCGGUUGGAUACGAAUACGAGUCAUGUCUGGACCUGACUCUGUGGGAAAAGAGGACUGCCAUUUUGCAAGGUUAUGAAUUAGACGCUUCCAACAUGGGUGGUUGGACAUUGGAUAAACAUCAUGUGUUGGAUGUUCAGAAUGGUAUACUGUACAAGGGAAAUGGGGAAAACCAGUUCAUCUCCCAACAGCCUCCGGUUGUCAGUAGCAUCAUGGGAAAUGGCCGAAGGCGCAGCAUCUCAUGCCCGAGUUGCAACGGUCAGGCCGAUGGUAAUAAACUGUUGGCUCCAGUUGCAUUAGCUUGCGGGAUCGAUGGCAGCCUAUAUGUAGGGGAUUUCAACUAUGUUCGGCGAAUAUUCCCAUCUGGAAACGUAACAAGUGUUUUAGAAUUAAGCAGCAACCCAGCUCAUAGAUACUACCUGGCAACCGAUCCAGUCACAGGAGAUUUGUAUGUUUCUGACACGAACACCCGCAGAAUUUAUCGCCCAAAGUCACUUACGGGUACAAAAGAUUUGACUAAAAAUGCUGAAGUGGUCGCUGGGACUGGGGAGCAGUGCCUUCCAUUCGAUGAAGCCAGAUGUGGAGAUGGGGGGAAGGCUAUAGAAGCAACACUCAUGAGUCCCAAAGGAAUGGCGAUUGAUAAGAAUGGAUUGAUCUACUUUGUUGAUGGAACCAUGAUCAGAAAAGUUGAUCAAAAUGGGAUCAUAUCAACUCUCCUGGGCUCUAACGAUCUGACUUCAGCCAGACCUUUAACCUGUGACACCAGCAUGCACAUCAGCCAGGUGCGUCUGGAGUGGCCCACUGACCUCGCCAUUAACCCUAUGGAUAACUCCAUUUAUGUCCUGGAUAAUAACGUAGUCCUGCAGAUCACUGAGAACCGCCAAGUGCGCAUUGCUGCUGGACGGCCCAUGCACUGCCAGGUCCCAGGGGUGGAAUAUUCCGUGGGGAAGCAUGCAGUCCAGACGACCCUGGAAUCCGCCACCGCCAUCGCCGUGUCGUACAGCGGGGUCCUGUACAUCACGGAAACCGACGAGAAGAAAAUUAACCGGAUAAGGCAGGUCACCACGGACGGGGAGAUCUCGCUGGUGGCGGGGAUACCUUCCGAGUGUGACUGCAAAAAUGACGCCAACUGCGACUGUUACCAGAGUGGAGACGGGUACGCCAAAGACGCCAAGCUCAGUGCCCCGUCCUCCCUGGCCGCCUCCCCCGAUGGUACCCUGUACAUUGCGGACCUGGGCAACAUCCGGAUCCGGGCCGUGUCGAAGAACAAGCCCUUCCUUAACUCUAUGAACUUUUACGAAGUUGCCUCCCCAACCGACCAGGAACUCUAUAUCUUUGACAUCAAUGGCACUCACCAGUAUACUGUAAGUUUAGUCACUGGUGAUUACCUGUAUAAUUUUAGCUACAGCAAUGAUAACGAUGUAACUGCUGUGACAGACAGCAAUGGCAAUACUCUCAGAAUUAGACGGGACCCGAAUCGGAUGCCAGUUCGAGUGGUGUCUCCGGAUAACCAAGUCAUAUGGUUGACAAUAGGAACAAAUGGAUGUUUGAAAAGCAUGACCGCUCAAGGACUAGAAUUAGUUUUGUUUACUUACCAUGGCAAUAGUGGCCUUUUAGCCACCAAAAGCGAUGAGACUGGAUGGACAACAUUUUUUGACUAUGACAGCGAAGGUCGUCUGACAAAUGUUACAUUUCCAACUGGAGUCGUCACAAACCUGCACGGGGACAUGGACAAGGCCAUCACGGUGGACAUCGAGUCAUCCAGCCGUGAAGAGGAUGUCAGCAUCACUUCAAAUCUGUCCUCGAUCGACUCCUUCUACACCAUGGUUCAAGAUCAGUUAAGAAACAGCUAUCAGAUCGGUUAUGAUGGCUCCCUUAGAAUCAUCUACGCCAGUGGCCUCGAUUCACACUACCAGACGGAGCCCCACGUUCUGGCCGGCACGGCUAAUCCGACGGUUGCCAAAAGAAACAUGAGUCUUCCUGGUGAAAACGGUCAAAAUUUGGUCGAGUGGAGGUUCCGGAAAGAGCAAGCCCAAGGAAAAGUCAACGUCUUUGGUCGGAAGCUUCGGGUUAACGGCAGAAACCUCCUUUCAGUUGACUUUGAUCGAACAACAAAGACAGAAAAGAUCUACGAUGACCACCGUAAAUUCCUGCUGAGGAUCGCCUAUGACACGUCAGGGCACCCGACUCUCUGGCUGCCCAGCAGCAAGCUGAUGGCAGUUAAUGUCACCUACUCGUCCACCGGCCAGAUUGCCAGUGUGCAACGGGGAACGACGAGCGAGAAAGUGGAUUACGAUGGCCAGGGGAGGGUCGUAUCUCGGGUCUUUGCCGACGGUAAAACCUGGAGCUACACAUACUUGGACAAGUCCAUGGUCCUCCUGCUUCACAGCCAGAGGCAGUACAUCUUCGAAUACGACAUGUGGGACCGGCUGUCUGCCAUCACCAUGCCCAGUGUGGCUCGCCACACCAUGCAGACCAUCCGGUCCAUCGGCUACUACCGCAACAUUUACAACCCCCCCGAGAGCAACGCCUCUGUCAUCACGGACUACAAUGAAGAGGGGCUGCUUCUGCAGACGGCCUUCUUGGGGACCAGCCGGAGGGUCUUGUUCAAGUACAGAAGGCAGACCAGGCUCUCCGAGAUUCUAUAUGAUAGCACAAGAGUCAGUUUUACCUAUGACGAAACAGCGGGAGUCCUCAAAACGGUAAACCUCCAGAGCGAUGGUUUUAUUUGCACCAUUAGAUACAGGCAAAUUGGCCCCCUGAUUGACAGACAGAUUUUCCGCUUUAGUGAGGAUGGGAUGGUAAAUGCGAGAUUUGACUAUAGCUAUGACAACAGCUUUCGAGUGACCAGCAUGCAGGGUGUCAUCAAUGAAACGCCACUGCCCAUUGAUCUCUAUCAGUUUGAUGACAUUUCUGGCAAAGUUGAACAGUUUGGAAAAUUUGGAGUUAUAUAUUAUGAUAUUAACCAGAUCAUUUCCACAGCUGUAAUGACUUAUACGAAGCACUUUGAUGCCCAUGGCCGCAUCAAGGAAAUUCAGUAUGAGAUAUUCAGGUCACUCAUGUACUGGAUUACAAUUCAGUAUGAUAACAUGGGCCGGGUAACCAAAAGAGAAAUCAAAAUAGGGCCCUUUGCCAACACAACUAAAUAUGGUUACGAAUAUGAUGUUGAUGGACAGCUCCAAACAGUUUAUCUAAAUGAAAAGAUCAUGUGGCGUUACAACUAUGACCUGAAUGGAAACCUCCAUUUACUGAACCCGAGUAACAGUGCCCGUCUGACACCUCUUCGCUAUGACCUGCGAGACAGGAUCACCCGCCUCGGGGAUGUUCAGUAUCGGUUGGAUGAAGAUGGGUUUCUGCGUCAAAGAGGCACAGAGAUCUUCGAGUACAGCUCCAAGGGGCUUCUGACUCGGGUUUACAGUAAGGGCAGUGGCUGGACAGUGAUUUAUCGGUACGACGGCCUGGGAAGGCGCGUAUCUAGCAAAACCAGUCUGGGACAGCACCUGCAGUUUUUUUAUGCUGACUUAACUUAUCCCACGAGGAUUACUCAUGUGUACAACCAUUCGAGUUCAGAAAUUACUUCUCUCUAUUAUGAUCUCCAGGGACAUCUCUUUGCCAUGGAAAUCAGCAGUGGGGAUGAAUUCUACAUUGCGUCAGAUAACACAGGGACACCGUUGGCUGUCUUCAGUAGCAAUGGGCUUAUGCUAAAACAGAUUCAGUAUACUGCAUACGGUGAAAUCUAUUUUGACUCCAAUGUUGACUUUCAACUGGUAAUUGGAUUUCAUGGUGGCUUAUAUGACCCACUCACGAAAUUAAUCCACUUUGGAGAAAGAGAUUAUGAUAUUUUGGCAGGACGAUGGACAACACCUGACAUAGAAAUCUGGAAAAGAAUUGGGAAGGACCCAGCUCCUUUUAACCUCUAUAUGUUUAGGAAUAACAAUCCCGCAAGCAAAAUCCAUGAUGUGAAAGAUUACAUCACAGAUGUUAACAGCUGGCUGGUGACAUUCGGUUUCCAUCUGCACAAUGCUAUUCCUGGAUUCCCUGUUCCCAAAUUUGAUUUAACCGAGCCUUCUUAUGAACUUGUGAAGAGUCAGCAGUGGGAUGAUAUACCGCCCAUUUUUGGAGUUCAGCAACAAGUGGCCAGGCAGGCCAAGGCCUUCCUGUCCCUGGGGAAAAUGGCGGAGGUGCAGGUGAGCAGGCGCAAGGGCAGCGGCGCGCCCUCGUGGCUGUGGUUCGCCACGGUCAAGUCGCUGAUCGGCAAGGGCGUCAUGCUGGCCGUGAGCCAGGGCCGCGUGCAGACCAACGUGCUCAACAUCGCCAACGAGGACUGCAUCAAGGUGGCGGCCGUGCUCAACAACGCCUUCUACCUGGAGAACCUGCACUUCACCAUCGAGGGCAAGGACACGCACUACUUCAUCAAGACCACCACGCCCGAGAGCGACCUGGGCACGCUGCGGCUGACGAGCGGCCGCAAGGCCCUGGAGAACGGCAUCAACGUGACCGUGUCGCAGUCCACCACCGUGGUCAACGGCAGGACGCGCAGGUUCGCCGACGUGGAGAUGCAGUUCGGCGCGCUGGCGCUGCACGUGCGCUACGGCAUGACGCUGGACGAGGAGAAGGCGCGCAUCCUGGAGCAGGCGCGGCAGCGCGCGCUCGCCCGGGCCUGGGCGCGCGAGCAGCAGCGCGUGCGCGACGGCGAGGAGGGCGCGCGCCUCUGGACGGAGGGCGAGAAGCGGCAGCUGCUGAGCGCCGGCAAGGUGCAGGGCUACGACGGGUACUACGUACUCUCGGUGGAGCAGUACCCGGAGCUGGCCGACAGCGCCAACAACAUCCAGUUCCUCCGACAAAGCGAGAUCGGCAAGAGGUAACCCCCCGGGCCGGCUGCGGCGGACGGACGGCGGCCACCCGGCGCUGGGAGGCGGACCCAGCCGGGGGAGGGGCGCUGCGUCU